AGCAGCGCCCGCGCCGCCGGGCCCCGCGAACGGCGGGCACGGAGCCGCCGCUGCCUGCCCGCUGCUGCCCGCCGCUGCCUGCACCUGCCGAGGGACACAGCGGGGCCCGGCAGCAGCCCCCCGCAGCCUGCCCUGCCGGCCCGGGGUGUUGCAUCAGCCCCGCGCCGAGCCGGGGUUCACGGCCGGGGGCGGCGGGGGGAGCCGGGGGAGAGCACGAAGGAGCCCCCCGGAGAGGCGACGGCGAUACCUGCCGGCUCCCCCGRCCGCCGGUACCCGCCGAGCAUCCGGAGCAGCCCGGCGCCGCCAGCCCCGGCCUCUCUGCCCGGUCCCCUCCCCGCGCCGCCGCGGCCGCGACCGGAGCAGGCGGUGGGGCCGGGGGGAGAGGGGCCGGGGGCGGCCCGGCCGCUCAGGACCAUCCCCGCGGAGCCGCGCCUCGGCGCCGCCAGCAUCCCCGGGGAGCCGCGCCUGGCCGGGGCAGAGCCGCAUCCCUCUGCCUUUCAGAUAACCUCCGCCGCUCGGGCCUGCGGACUCGCACCGGGCACCGAGCGGGGUCUGGCGGCUGAACCGGGACCCCGUGCCCAGGGCCAGCGCAGCAAGCGUGAAGCUGAGCUGGGGACAGAGGUACCAGGGACCGAGGUGACAAGGUGUGUGGUGGCCUGGCCGCAGCCAAGGUGAGCUGCCCUCCGGCACGGGAUGUGCCCUGAGCCCCUGCCCUGUGGGAGCUGCUGGUGACGGCAAGUGGGAGAGCCGGGAAGUCAGAGCAAAGGAAUUUGCAAACACAUUCUUCAGCGCCACGAGGAUCCCACUGCAUGUAAACAGGAACAGAGGCUGGGCUGGGGUGAAGUGAGGGCUGCCUCCAGUUCUGGAAGACCCUCCCUGGACUCACCUGCCCUGGGCAGUGUCCAGUGCCACUGUCCCCAGACUACUGCUCCCGACUGUGGCUGAUCCGGUGUGGGAAGUGGCAGCAAAGGCGAAGAGCAGGGCUGCUGAGUGACUGCCAGUGUCACGUUAACAUCCCAGUGAGGCUGUGAGGAGCCGGCGCUUUGAUCACCUGCCCAAGAGCAUCUCAAAGGCAGGCAGGAUGCCACUGUGAGUCCUGCCUUCUCCUGCCUGCCCCAGCCUCGUGCCUGGCACUCUCGGGGCUGGCUGCAGAAGAGGRGCGUGGGGCCCGCUGGCGCUGCCCCGUCUCCCCAGGAUGCUCUCCCGCACCAGUGGCUGCUGCCUGUGCUCCUGCUCCGCGGCCAGACCGAGGUUGAAAGCUCAGCAGGCUGCCAGCAUGUUUUAGCCUCAUGCAGGCGUCCCUCGCAGACCCCAGAGCAGUGGACAGUAAUGUGAAAACGAUACUCAUGUCGUGUCUGAAAGGGCAACAGGUCAUCAUUAAAAUGGAGGCGAUGAAAAUCAUCCACCCAGAGAAGUUCUCGGAGCUGCAGGCAUCGCAGCCGCGUUACGCGCCCGCCCCGCGCCGCGAGCCGCCCCUCGUGGCCAAGCGCGCGUGGCCCUCCGAGUCCGAGAUCAUCGUCAACCAGGCGUGCGGGGACAUCCCUGCCUUGGAUGCCACCCCCGGGCCCCUGCCGCUGCCCCGGACUCCCCCGCUGCCGCGGCGCGAGCGCGGGUACCAGGGCCAGCGCAAGGGCAGCUCUGAGAUCUGCUACCACCGGCAGCCACCGUCCGAUGAGGUGAUCGUCAACCARUACGUGCUGCACCCCUCGACGCCCUGCGAGCCCCUGGAGUGCCCCACCUGCGGCCACAUGUACAACUUCACCAACAAGCGGCCCCGCAUCCUCUCCUGCCUGCACUCGGUGUGCGAGGAGUGUCUGCAGAUCCUCUACGAGUCCUGCCCCAAGUACAAGUUCAUCUCCUGCCCCACCUGCAAGCGGGAGACRGUCCUCUUCACCGACUAUGGGCUCGCGGCGCUGGCCGUCAACACCAGUAUCCUGAACAGACUGCCGGCCGAGGCGCUGGCUGCCAACCCCGUCCAGUGGAGCAGCGACACCGACCGCAGCUGCUACCAGACCUUUCGCCAGUACUGCGGGGCCGCCUGCACCUGCCACAUCCGGAACCCGCUGUCCUCCUGCACCAUCAUGUGA